CUUGACAGUUUUAGGUCUUUGACAUUUUCUUGUUGAUGCUAAAUUUUCUAAACAUCGUCUGUAUUCUUUAAACUAAACCUCUGUUUUUAAAGCACAUUUGCAAACGAGAAUUCGUUUUUCCGACUUGGUUGUAAUGAUAUGUGCAUUGUAACGAAUACGUAGUGCUUAAUAGUAUAAUGGAGCGCGGUAAAAUGACUUCUACUGGCCGCGGUGGCAAAAGUAAGGCACCGCAGCACCCUCAGGAUAUUUUUGCGCUUGGUAGCAAAUCCACAGUGGUUGUGAAUAGAGACUCUGAGAAGAGGAAUAUACAUAAACCUUCUACUAGCGGUGUAGAACGAAAAAGAGAGACAACUGGCUUUGGAAGCCAACCUCCAACAAAAAGGUCGAGAAUUGGAUCACCUGCUGAAGCUGUUGGGGGCACGUCGUUAGAGGUGGAUCCUGUUGAUCUUGUCCCUAAUGUACUGCAAGCAUUGGAUACUCAUAACUCAGAUAAACUUCUUGGCCUUUUGACUGGUUCAAUACGUUUGCUUAAAUCUCAAAGAUCGAAACCUGAUCCAAUACUAUGUAUGAGUAUGCUUUAUCUGACAAAGAUACGUCCAAACAUGUUCGCCCAUGAGACUGUGACACAGAGUCUCUGCACCUUACUGAAGAGGGAACAGGGUGCUGCAUUCAAGAGCAAAGGCAACCCACUGGUAUUUGUGCUGGCCUGCAACAUGCUAUAUGCUGGCCAUAAGGACAGUAAUAACUGGCCUGAUACUUUUAUUAAGGUUUACAUUGAAGAUGCUCUGAAUGAACGCUGGUGGGUGGAGUGCUCUUGGUGCAAAUGCCUCGUUGAGAACAUUGUUACAGCUUUUAGCACUAAGCACCCACCUCCUUUCUUGAUCCCUUCUGAUAACACACUUGGUACUAUGUCGCCAUCGGGAUCUGGUUCACCACUAAUGGGAAGUACUGAUGAGGAUCCUGAUAAUACUGAACUUGAGUAUACUGUUUUCCCUAGGUAUUCAAGCAGUUACGAAACAGUAGAAGCGUUAGUGUUGGAAGCUAUUAAGGAACAGAUCCAACGGCGCGCGGCCCCCGACGCCAUACAUCGCGGCUUUCUCAAGCUGCUAGCUGCCACUUGCGGUUUCCCAGAGAUCCGCAUGAUAUCCGCGUCGCGCCUCGAGGCGUGGCUUCACUCGGGCAAGCUAUGGCGCUGCGCCCAGGAGUUGCUCGCCUACGUGUGCUGCAACGCCGACGCCUGCGGGCCCACGGCUGCCAGAGACCAUGAGGUGCUGGCUCAACUGGCUCGAAUGAGGCUGAAGACUAAACCGUUGCAGCAAGCUUACCAGGCCUGUCUCAGGGAGAUGGUAUCAGACAGCCCUGCGCUGUUACGCAGCGUCGUGACGCACACAAUCUACAACGAGUUAUCGAACGUGCGCUCGCCUAACAACAUGGCGGUGCUAGCGGCGCUGAUCCAAGCGCAGCCGCAGUUAGCGCCCGCCGCCAUGGCCGACACGUUCCACGAGCUGCUGCUUCGACCCGAGGACUACCUUCGGUCGCUGCGCGCGCUGGCGAGGGAGUGCGCGCGUGCGGCCCGCGCCGACUCCCAGGCGCUACUGCCGCUGGCGCGAGCUCUGGCCAACGCGCCCCCCCACGACCCGCCCGCGGAGGUGCGGGAACGAGCCUUCUCAUCCCUGGCAGAUCUUUUCUGUUGCUGCUGUCUAGUGACGGCGACUCACAGUAAAUAUUUGCCGGAGUACAAGCAGCAGAUCUGCGGCAUUCAAGGCGCGGCGCUGGGCUGGAUGCUGGAGACAGCCGGCCCCGUGUACAGACCCUCGAGGCAUGACUACCAGCAUGCGUUGAAUAAGAUAAUGUUCGUGGAGAGCGCAGAGGUUUACAGCAAGUGCGACAACUGGCCGCCCGAGAGCGAGCGCACUAUGGCCCACCGCGUGUGCUGCGAGGCGCCCUUACCGCACCAUAACUUGCUGAGGAUCAUAUUCAUCGGAUUGUCCAAGGACAUCCCCGUGGCCCCAGCUGAAGCUUUGGAAUUAGUGGAACAGCUAGUAAGAAGGGCGUGCAGCCUGCCCCCUGAAGACAACCCCCUGGUAGUGGACAAGCUGGAUAUAGCCGACUACAUCUUCCAACUGUGCCAAUUCAACCCGCCCGAGAACAUCACUCUGCCGCCGGGGUACACAGCGCCGGCGCUAGCCAUUACGGGGCUAUACUGGCGAGGAUGGGCGUUACUGUUAAUGCUGGCAGCUCACAACCCUGCCACCUUCGCUGCCCGCGCUGCUGCAGCUUAUCCUACGUUGAGGGCACUCAUAGAGAUGUGCAUUACUACUAAACCGAGCAUAGAGUGGGGCAACAAUGGCACUAACGAGAUGGAGAGGGCGGAAACGGAACGCGCCGCCAUCUUGCAGCUGGAAGCUCAUCUCGCCGCCGCCAGCUGUACCAAACACACUGUGACAGAACACUCGUCGCGAUUGCUGAGCCAGUUGACGACACUCGACCCCUUAGGGCCGGCCCGUAAGCCGCCACAGAGCGUCAUUGAGACGAUACAAGCCCUCAACACCCAGCUGCGGUUGGGCCGCCUGCUAUGUCGGCAGCCUGCGCUUCUACUAGAUCUGGUGGAGCGGCAAGGCACGCGGCGCGCGAUGCCGUGGCUGCACCAGCUGCUGCGGCACGACCAGCUCGAGCUCAGCGUGCUGCCCGUGCAGUGCCUCUGCGAGUUCCUGGCGGCGGGGGCCGGUGGUAGUGGCACGGGAGGCGCUGGUGACGGUAAAGCCGGUGAGCUGUGUCAGCAUUUACGUCGUACCGUGGCCGCGUGUGAGCAAGGCGCUCGUGCAGUACUGCACUACUAUCUGCAGAGACUGUCGCAUCAUCAUGCGGCUACCAGGGCCCAAGCACAGAGGGGCCUGAAGUUGGUGUUGACACAAACCGAUGACACGUCUGAGAUGGACUAUAAUGCUGACGUCGGUCCUGAGGAGUGGUUGGAGCUGGUGUGGGAGCUCCAGCACUGGGCUGCGGUCCGCAGCGAGGUGGCAGCGCGAGUGAGGGCCGCCUGCCUCGUGGAGUGCAUCCCCUCGCACGUGGCCGCGUACGUGGGGUUCCUGGCGCGACACGUGGCCGCGCCGCCCGCCCCCGCGCCGCCCGCCCUCACCGCCCUAGCGCUGGAUCUCUCCCAGCUAGUGAUGGAGCGCACCUGCGUGAUGAGCAGCAUCUUACCGCCCGCGGAGUUGAGGGAACCGCCGCCGCCUCUAGAUGCGCGCGCGCAUCGAACCCUGCACCAUUUGACUUCGAUCUUGCACGCACAUCUGCAGCAGAUUCGCUUGAACGCUGAUGAGGUGGAAAUGGAGGGGGAGGGUGCGGAGGGCGGGGCUGGGGAGGAGGGCGGGGAGGCGUGGGCGGGAGGGGAGCGCAUCUCGCUGCGCUGGCCCAACGGGUCCCACGCCUCCCUUCACGUCGUCAUAGCGCACGCGCACCUCAAGCUGCUGUGCUACGGCCCGUCCGUCUACGACACGAACCAGGAGAUGUACUCGUGGCUGCAGUCGGUGUGGGUGGGCAAGCAGGCGCCGGGGGCCCGGCUGGAGGCGGGCUCGGAGGCCGCGCUGCUGCCUGACUGGCUGCGGCUGCACCUGGUGCGCAGCGCCCGCCCCGCGCUGCUGGACGCCGGCCUGCGAGCGCUGCCCGCCCACAAGCUGGCGCUCUUCAUACAGACCUUCGGCAUGCCCGUACAUUCCAUGUCUGCUUUGCUGAGCGCUUUGGACGCGUGCCCGGCCGGCGCGGUAGUGCGGCUGGGCGUGGAGCGCGCGUACAUGGCGCAAUUAUUACGCGUGCAGCGGGCACGCGGCGCACGAGGUGGCGGGGCCUUCGCGGCUGCGCUGCAGCUGCAGCCGCCCCGGCACCCGCCCGAUGACAUGAUGUUCGCCGAAGAAGAGUUACCCGCCGAAGUGUCGGACCCAUGGGAGGCAGCGGGCGCUUCGCCGGCCCGUACUGCGGCGACACCUGCUCUACUCGCCACCGCGCUACAACCAGGCGGGGACGUAGACCUCGCUCAAUUACUGCCCGCGGUGACUUCAGAAGCGAAGCGUUACCAUGCAUCUAACGGCACAAACGGCCCGUUCCCAUACCUCGAAGCGGUGUACACGUAUCUCUCGCACGCGGGCUCCAGUAUCGCAGCAUCCGGCGCGAGAGGAGUGGCGCUGCUCCGAGCUAUAUUACCUGCCAAGAAUGAUCGACUGUCGGAGAUAGCGGAGUCAUUGCUGGCUCAGUUCAAAUGCGUCCCCGGCCCCAUUACGGAGGUGCUCCGUAGCCUCGCGCGAACUAAAGCCGUGAAACAGGAAACAGUGCCGGACGUGCCUACCAAUGCGACCAGGGAACAACUCAUCGCUGCCCUGGAGAGCGCCACGCCGAGCACACUAGAAGCCAUCGGUAACAAGAUGAUCGACACCUGCAGCACCGCACUGGUGGUCGACGUCAUAUCGCAGGUGCUGGAGAACAACCAGGCCGGCCGCUACGAGACCAAGGUGAAGAGCGAAGAUUCGUUCGUCCAGCGCGGGCAUUUAUUCGCUCGCGGCGGAUUGGGCUGCGGCCUACUGCUGGACUGGCUGUCCGAACUUCAGCAGGAAACUUUGGGAGCUCAGCCCGAGAGACAGAUGCGCCUAAUGUUCCGUCGCGGCUGGGGCGCGUGGCGGCCGCAGUUAGCGACUCAGUUAGCGCACCGCGCCUCCUGGAGGACCCUGCACGCGUGCACCAGUGCCCUACUCGACCCCACAUCGGAGUGGGCCCCCCGUGCCGUGGUGGAGUUCUGCGCGACGUUAGUGGAGUCGCCGCGCGUGUGGCAGGGUCGCGACCGGCAGCCCGCCAAGCACGCGCCAGCCAUAGACACGCUCCGACUCUCAUACUCACAGUUGGACGUGUUGAUCCGCUACGUGGUGGCAGAAGCACGCGAGGCGGAAGCAGAAGCGGGGGGAGGGGAAGCAGGCGUGGAGGCGAUGCGGCGCCGCAUGGAGGCACGACUGCCCCUCGUGCUGCGCUGCUGCCCCUGCCCCGCCGCGCUGCUGCAUGCUGCGCUGCACGAUACUACGCUGCUGCCCAUGCUGUACAUGCAGGUGCCGAAGAUCCAGCAACUGCUAGCUGAAUGUUCAGAGCGUCCCGCGCUAUCGGCGCCGCUGUUACGCGCGCUCCAAUCGUCGAGCACGGGGCGCGUGGCCUCCACCAGCGCCACGGACCGCGUGUCGCACGCGCUGCUCACCGCCCUCGCCGUGCCCCACCACCAGCCCCACGCCGCCAGAGUGGCUCGCCUAGAAGCCGGCAUACGGGGCGUAUGGGCCCGUACUUGGGGCGCCGGAGGGCGCGCGCUGCCCCUGUGCGGGGCUCUACUGCGCGGGGCCCCGCUGUCCAAGCACCACCACCAUCUGCUAGCCGCCAUAGAACUGCUGCCCGAUGAUGAGCUGAUACACAGUGAGGAGAUCCACGGCAUCGUGGACUGCUACCUGAGCGUGUGCAAGCAGGGCCCGGGGUCGGGUGGGGGGCCAGGCCCGGGCUCAGGGUCGGGGUCGGGGCGCGACAACUCCCUGCCGCACCGCGUGGCGGCCCUGCUGCGACGGUACAUGGCGCUGCGGCCCUCCAAGGCCGCGGCCCUACUGCACGCACACAGGGACACUGUCGCGAGUACUCCAGCGCUGAGCGCUUUAAACAGCGCCGAUUGCGGGGCUCCGGCCUCUGCAGCCCCCCCGCCACACGCCCUGUUAGCGCUGCAGCGACGCCUCGCGCCGCCCGACCAGCUGCACUGGAUGCUGCAGGAGAUAGAGGCAUGGGGCUCUCGCCGGGGCGGGGCUUGGGGCGGCCCCACACACGCGGCGUCCCUCCUGAAGGCGUCGGCCCCGCUGGCCGCGUCCCCGCACGGCCCGCUCCGGUCGGCCGCGCACUGCCUGCUCGCCAAGCUGUUGCCCUGCGUCGCUGACCCCACACCAGGUCUAGAAGCGAUCCUGGAGUGUUUAGACUCUAGUCAACCAGAAGUGGCUCAGUCUGCUCUGGACAAGCUGCCCGAGCUUAUCUGCGGCAUGCAGGAGCACGCGGCGCGCCUGCUGGCCCAGGUCUUCCAGCUGGGAGUCAAGUCACGCCAUCCAGUAGAACAGUGCAUUGCUAAAUGCGUCGCAACUAUUAACUUGCAUAGAGGCUGUUAAAAUGCGAACUGUUUAUGAGAAUUUGAAUUUGCAGGAUAUAGGCAUUUACAGUAAUGCCUGUCUUUGUGUACUAUACAACUUUAACAGUUCAACCAAUAUAAUAUAGAUUACUUUUGUUGUAAUAAAAGAAAAAAAACUUUGAUCAUUAAGUUUCCAAGACCGUUACCAUUCGGCAGUGAAACCUGAAAGUUAACUUUCUGAUUGAUGCAGGAGAUUACAGCAGUAUUGUAAAUAUUGUAUAAUAAGAUGUUAAUAAAUUUAUUGAAAAAUAUAUAUGUAGUCUUCUUAUUCAUAAACUCCUGGGUUGUUUGAAUCUCCAAAGUAAAAGUUUAAAUAAUAACACUUUAUAAUUUUUAAUAAAUAAUAUAAUUAAUACUAAACAUUAGUAAAUAUUGUACAAAAUUACAAUAUAAAUUUAUUUUGUUACUUUUAACAUUGCACUAGAAAUUCUAGCAGUCAUAAAUGCUUUUUAAAAAAUGUGCAAAUUUUAUUUAUUUGAAUUCAAAUAAAUACUGUGCAUCUUAAUCUGAGGAAGAACCCGCACUCCAAAAGCAUAGAAAACACUGUCCAUUCACACAACAGUUUGUUAACAUCACUUAUCACCAAUCAUUGGUGCCUAGAUCUGCAAACAGUUUGUCCUUAAUCUUUGGUUUGGGAUCAUCCUUAAUUUUUGUGUCUACAGCUUCAACUUGCCCAAGCAUAUAUUCAAAC